CGUGUCAUGAUUCUUAUUAGACAGUCUCUAGUUUUUCCUAGAAUCAAACCUUCUUCGUGUUCUUUGUAGCUACAUUGUGAUACAUUUUUUUGCACUCAAAAUGAGACAGAUAUAUCUCGUGUCGGAAAAAAAAAGAAAGAGAGGGCGAAAAAGUGGAAAAAGUUCAGCUACAAAGAACAAACAGUAAGAUGGGAGUAUUCUUUGUAGCUGCACUAGAUUGCACUUUUUACACUUUUGAGAUGAAACGAAUAUAUAAUUCGACAUCGAAGAGAAAAGGAGCAAGGAUAAAAAGGUACAAAGAGGUCAGCUACAAAGGACAAACAUCAAGAAUUAAUAUGUACGAACUAUCAUGGUGUAUAGGGUGACGCAAAUUGACAUUGAUCUUGUUGCAAUUCACCGGUAUGGCUUCUGUUAUUUGAGCACUGCGUACAAUUUUUGAAUAACAACGGGAGAGAAUUUCAAUAUGCAUAUCCCGCAUCGGGUUUCAUGUAUUCCACAGCUCUGCUCCCUGUAAAUAUUUAAUUACAAUAGAUACGAUGGAUAAACCACUUGGAAAAUUACCGUGCAAUACGUUAACAGCCAAAGAAAUGCUACGUAACAAGGGUAUUAGUAAUUGUGUAUUGAAGGAAUGGGAAAGAUCUGAGGAAAUUCUACCCAAAAUUGGAAACAAGCACUUUGAGCCUGAUAAUUCUUGGCUACAAAAUGUUCAGAUUGAAAAGGGAAUUAAAAAUCAAAAGGACUUGUUACAUAUCGAGAGAGUUGAACGUAUCUCAGAAUUAGCCAGUGCCGAAUGGAUUUCAUCUCAAAAGAGAGCUCUUGUUACUAAGAAAUCUGGUCAGGAUUGGAGCAAUUUUGGCUCAGAAAAGAAUGGUUCUUUAUACUUAUUACCAGAAGAAGCAUUAUUUCUUAUAGAAGCAAAUUCUCUUGAACUCAUUUGGAAUGGGAUAUCAUGUUCAAUUGAGCAAGCAUACAAGAUCUUAAUUGAUGAUUCAAUAUGCACCAUGGAAGAAUAUAGGGUUUAUAGUCAAUUAACACAUUAUGGCUACCAUAUACAACGUUACUUCUACGAAGAAUCAGAUAAGUGUAAAUCAGACGAGCCCGUUCCAAUUAAACGAAAAAUUAUUGUUGAUCCUGAGAAUGGAUUGAGAAUGUCCGACAACCAAUCGCAGAAUCAGCCAAAUGAAAAGAAAUCAAAAACAGCUUUAGUAAAGGAUAUGUUAGAGGAUAUACCUGCAGUCAGUUCUAACAUGAAAGAGCAUAAAGAAACUACUGUAGAGGAAACUGUAAAACAUACAGUACACGAUGUAGUAGAACAAAUUCUAUGUAAUAUAGAAAGUCAUGAAAAUGUAAAUAAAUCAACUACUUCGCGAGUAGUACAAAACAAUAUAACACAGAAUGAUACAAAUAGCGAAGAAAAGACUCGAAAUUCUAAACCGGAAAUAAUUUCCGACGAGACUUUGUUAGGUAAUAUUACAAUUCUCAGAGAUGCAUCGUGUAAUUCAACGAAGGAAGUUUUUAAAGUAUCGAAGUGGCCAGGUACUCGCAUUCAGCGUAAUGUUAAGCAGUUGCCUAAAAGAAAUGAUAAAGUAUCACCUCCGGAAAUUUCUAUAAUCGAUUCCAAUGUCACGAAUGAAAAUCCCAGAAAUAUAGAAAAACGAAUAACGUCGAUGCAAAUUGAUGAGACGCCGCGUACGAAAAAAUCGAAGCAUGAAGUGAUUGAGCUAUCCGAUGAUGAAAUUCAGGAAUUGCCACGCUGUAUGACAAGAAUGGAAAUGUUGAAUCUGUUACCAAAUAUUGCCUUUCAGUCGGAAAUUACCGAGAAAAUUUCCAAGCGAUAUAUACCACAGAAUAUAAAACCUCAGAAGAGCAUGUAUCAGUAUAAUCGGAUGAUGUUUUUAAACAUGCAGGAGAAAGACAAACGCGCGCGACAGAAUUGCAAAGAUAUUAGAACUAAUGUAAGACAAAAUACGUCUCACUAUAAAAAUUCUUCUAUCGUUAACAGAAACACUCUCUUUCAAAAUCAACGUUCACUCUUGGGUGCUCCGUCGCGAUCGUUUCAUCCUUUAAACCAAAUCCAUCCUUUAAAUCAUGGAACAAAUAUUGGCUUGCCUUACGCGUAUAGGUUUCCGUUCAAUUACGUUCCAGAUAUUUAUAUGCAGAAUAGGAUUACGCAAAAUGUAUUUCAUAAUCUAAUCGUUGCCUUCGGGAAUCAUGGAAAUGUUCAUCAAAGAAGUCUUACCAUACAAAUGAAUAAUUUCAUGAUACCAAUCAUGGAGGGAUAUCGAAUGAGACAUGUCUUUGCGGAGAAUCAAUUACGGCAUGGUUUUUAUCAGAAUGUUUCGUGGCAGCAGAGAUUCUGUCAGCGGAGAAUGACGGAAAAUACAUCGAUGCAUGGCAGCGCGCGUCCCGUCGCAAGACGAUCGCACGACGAUGCUAAUAGUCUAGUCAGUCACGAGAUCGUUAAUCGACCUUCCUUUACAACACGUCUAGGCGCUAAUUCGUGGACGGAACUGAAGAAAAGGUGGUCCGAAGAAAAGACCAUCACAAUUGAUGAUGAAGAUCAUAAAAACAUAAAUGAGGAAGACUGCGCUGAAAUACAAACCGUGAAGUUACUCAAUCCCUUGGUUGGGCCGAGAAAUGCCUCCUCGCUGGCAGAAAUUUUCAAAAGGCUCGCUAUAAUAAAAUCAGCGCCGGAAAGAACCGUCAGAAGGAAAAACAGAUAUAAGAUAUCGUACAAUGUGUACUCCUGUAAUCAACAUUAUAAAAAGGCGAAUCCUGGUCAACCAUUAUACAGUCUGGUAGUUGUAAGAAAAGAAGACUCAAUUCUACAACCUGUUGAAUUGAAUCGCCUACAACAGGAUGCGAAAGGUUCUCAAAUAAUAUUAGCGCUUAUUUCAGCGUCGAUAUCGUAUAUUCAACCAGGUAUUAUAACGAUGCCAAACAUAAUUUAACUUUCUAUUCGAGUAUAUUUCGCUGGAUGAUUAUUAUCUUGAGCGAGUGACACAACGUAACUAUUUAACAAAUUCUGUAAAAUUCAUAAAUGCUUUAAUCUUAAUAAACUUUUGUAUACUUU